UCUCAGCCAAUCAGGCUCUCGGAUAACGCUCCGACAACAAACAAAAGAUCGAGCCUAGCCGAGCUUAUUAUACUUUAGUCGAUCCGCCCGGACUAACCUUGUUUUUUUUUUGCUACUUUGCUAACCACACGGGGCUUGUUCGUCCGAGUCUCCGCUGCUCCCGUCAGAUCCUGCCCCGCAGUGUCUAUGCUGUGGCUUUUGUGUCCGCUAAUGUCAACCUGAGCCUUUUCGGGCGAUCGGUUCGGCUAAGUGCGUUAGCCAGGUUAGCUUGUUGGCUAACAAGCUCUGGCUGCCUCAGUGCGAACCAGCGAAGCCAGUUAGCUUAGCCUGCUAGCUAGCUAGCUUUGCUAAACUCUCUCCCCCCCCCCUCCUCCCUUUAAAACUCGACACUGACCGACUCCGGCGGUUCUGGCUUGUUACUGACAAGCCACUUCACCAAAAGCCGAGUGGUAGCCAUGUCCGGACAGUCGACGGGCUGCGGGUUUCUGAUGUCGGUCGUUGUCCACGGAGACUCGGCUCUGAACGAGCAGGAAAAAGAGCUCAACCAGCGACUUCGACGACUUUACCCGGCCGUCAACGAGAACGAGACCCCGCUGCCGCGCUCCUGGAGCCCGAAGGACAAGUUCAGCUACAUCGGGCUGUCCCAGAACAACCUCCGUGUUCACUAUAAAGGUCACGGCAAGACCCCGAAGGAUGCGGCGUCUGUCCGGGCCACCCACCCCAUCCCGGCCGCCUGCGGCGUCUACUACUUCGAGGUGAAGAUCAUCAGCAAAGGCCGAGACGGGUACAUGGGGAUCGGCCUCUCAGCUCAGGGCGUAAACAUGAACAGACUCCCCGGUUGGGACAAGCACUCGUACGGCUACCACGGGGACGACGGCCACUCCUUCUGCUCGUCUGGCACCGGCCAGCCCUACGGGCCCACCUUCACGACGGGCGACGUGAUUGGCUGCUGCGUCAACCUCAUCAACAACACCUGCUUCUACACAAAGAACGGCCACAGCCUAGGUAUUGCCUUCACAGACCUACCACCAAACCUGUACCCGACCGUGGGCCUGCAGACACCAGGGGAGGUGGUGGACGCCAACUUCGGCCAGCACCCGUUUGUCUUCGACAUCGAGGACUACAUGCGGGAAUGGAGGACGAAGAUCCAGGCCCAGAUUGACAGAUUCCCCAUCGGAGAGCGGGAGGGCGAGUGGCAGUCCAUGAUCCAGAAGAUGGUGGCCUCGUACCUGGUCCACCACAGCUACUGCGCCACAGCCGAAGCCUUCGCUAAGUCCACUGACCAGGCCGUGCACGAGGAACUGGCCUCCAUCAAAAACAGACAGAAGAUCCAGAAGCUGGUGUUGUCGGGCAGAAUGGGCGAAGCCAUCGAGACCACCCAGCAGCUCUACCCCAGCCUGCUUGAAAGGAACCCAGACCUCCUCUUCAUGCUCAAGGUGAGGCAGUUCAUAGAGAUGGUGAACGGCACAGACAGCGAGGUGCGGUGCCUUGGAGGACGCAGCCCCAAGUCUCAGGACAGCUACCCCGGCUCCCCCCGGCCCUUCAGCAGCCCCAGCCACAAAGCCAGCAGCUCCCAGCCCUACCUCACAGGGUUUGACAGCAACUGCUGUAACGGCGUGACCUCCAGUAAGAGCCACAGCUCCUCCCCUCACAGUCACAAGCCCUGCCCCCCCAUGGCCGGCGCCGACGUCAGCCUGAACGGGAGCCGCAGCCAGCAGCUCAUCACCAGUAACGACGUGGACAUGGAGGUCGACCACUUCACCAACGGAGUCACCGAGUCCUCCUCCAAUGGUUUCCUGAACGGCACCUCCAAACACGCCACGGAGCCCGACGACUGUGACGCCGUGAUGGAGGUGGAGUCGGCUCAGUCCAAGAGGCAGCUGUGCGGCGGGAGCCAGGCGGCCAUCGAGAGGAUGAUCCACUUCGGCAGGGAGCUCCAGAGCAUGAGCGAACAUCUCCGCCGCGAGUGCGGCAAGAACUCGGCCAACAAGAAGAUGUUGAAGGACGCCUUCAGCCUGCUGGCCUACUCUGACCCCUGGAGCAGCCCCGUGGGCUACCAGCUGGACGCCGUUCAAAGAGAGCCCGUCUGCUCCACGCUCAACAGUGCAAUAUUAGAGACUCACAACCUCCCCAAGCAGCCCCCCCUGGCCCAGGCCGUGGGUCAGGCCGCCCAGUGCCUCGCCAUCAUGGCACGAACUGGCAUCGGCUCCUGCGCCUUCGCCUCUGUGGACGAUUACCUGCACUAGCCACGUGCGCGCGCACACACACACACACACACACACACACACACACACACACACACACACACACACACACAUAGACACACACACACACACUCUGAAGGCUCAUCCAGAACGUCCUCCUCCUCCACCGGAGCUGUGGAGACGCAUGUCCGCUCCACAUGGAGACUAAACCGUCUCGCUCCCCAUCGCCGUCAGUGCAGCGGAGGACCAGGACUCGUUUCUGGGUGGACCUUCACAGAUCACGCCACACACACCUGAAACAAGCAGACGCCACCUCCAUCGUCGUGAUUAAUAGACGCCGUCGCCCCGGGCCUCUCCCACCCACCACCCCCCACCACCCCCCUCAGCCUUCAGAGGCGGCUGUGUUUGCGUCCUCCUGAUGGCCGAGGGAGCGGCUCUCGAAGUGAAACGUACUCUGAGAGGCGGACCUGCAGACAUGGGGCCACGGAGGCAGAAACACAAAAAAAAAAAAACCUGGAUCCAACCUAAAAAAAAUAAACGUGCUCCACCAGGCGGUGAUGCACGCUGACGGCGGACCCCCGACCCACAGAGGCUCACUGAGCGCUCAGCCAAUCGCAGCCCUCCACCCUCUCUGCACCACCCAACCCCUCUGCCCCUCCCCCCCCCCCCCCCCCCUCCUUCACUUCGGGACACGGCGGAGACCUGACGCAUGUGGACUCGGGACUUCGAGGGAGCCGGAGAGAAUUUUCGACGUUUUUAACCAUUAGUUUUGUUUCUUUUAGCAACGUUUGUGGGUUAGGGGGUGCUGUGGCGGAGGGUUCACCUGGCUCUUCUUCUUCUUCUUUUGGUUUUAGUUUUUGUUUGUUUUUUCUCCAGGUUUACCAGGCAUGGUGCAGACGAUAAUGAUGAUCCUUGUCAUUAUUGUAAUUAUCAUUAUAUUAAUUAUUGUUACUUGCAUUCGCAGUAUAUUUGUUGAGCGCCAGCGGCAGCGAGUUCCACCGACUUAUUAUAAUAAAGGUCCCAAUUCCACCGACUUCCCACUGACCAGCGUGUGUACAUGUAAACGUUUCUAUAUAACAAAGUGGAAAUAUAUCAAUAGAGCGACAUAUUUAGUUACCAAAAUAAAAAAAAGAAACCUUUAUUA